AUGAUGAUGAGACUUGGAUCUGUUGUCAAAAGGUUUCGGUCUCACCAAGGACGCCAACUUCAGAGUGCUUCUGCUGCUAUUCACUCGCAAAGAAGACAAUCAAGCUUCUUAGAUUCAAUCACUUUUUCUGUCGUGAAAGUGCUUAGCAUCACGCGAUUAACAGAUUCGUUGCAUCCUUGGCGUUUUUCUGAUGUUGAAGAAGGCAACGGUUCUGGGUUUGUAAUCUCAGGACGGAGGAUCAUCACGAACGCUCACGUUGUAACCGGUUCCACAUAUGUCCAAAUCAUGAAAAUGGGAUCCGGAACGAAAUACAAAGCAUCCAUCCAAGCUUUUGGACAUGGCUGCGAUCUCGCGAUGUUGGUAGUUGACAGUGAGGAAUUUUGGAAGGACCUCAAACCAUUAGAUUUGCUUAGUGAGAUGCCUAGGCUGUUCCAGACGGUGAGAGUGGUUGGAUACCCUGAAGCAUCUCCAUCACCAGUGGAAUCGUUUCCGGCAUCAUUACAACUUUUUACGGUAACAGCAAAUCUCCUACCAGCCUUCCAAGUUGAUGCAGCGAUUAACAACGGAAACAGUGGCGGCCCCGUUUUCAUUGGAAAAUCAGUGGCCGGUAUAGCGUUUGAAGGGUUAGAUGAAUGCCAAAACAUUUGGUACGUUAUUCCUUCUCCUCUUCUACUACUUUUCUUAAGUAGCAUUGAGAGGAAUAAAGGAGUAGGUAGCUUUUGCUCCCUUGGCGUGUUUACACAACCAAUGGAGAACACAAUGAUGAGGGAUUAUUUUGGCAUGAAAGAAAAAAUGACGGGAAUUGUUGUAACAAGAGUAUAUAAGUUAAGUAGGCGUAUCAAAACAUUGAUGGAGAAUGAUGUGCUUCUAGCGGUGAAUGGAAAUCCCAUCCAAAAUGAUGGAGAAGUUUCAAUUGGAAUAAAUUUGGAAGGCUUUAUCGCUCUAAAGAAACCCAUGGAGAAUGUGUGUUUUGAUGUGUUGAGAAAAGGAGUAAUCUCCCAGAUGACAUUGAGAUUGAGCAAUGAUUAG